AUGGAUAAAUAUCUGCUCCCUUAUCUUUGGAAUUCAUUUCUAUUUUUAUUUGCAUAUUACGAAGCUGCUGAGGGAACAAGGAAGAGAAGAAUAUAUGGUCUUGGAUCUCAAGCACAAAGUUAUUAUGGGCCGAAUCUUUGCGUCAAUUCUGGCUUUAAUGUUUCAGCAUCAGCAGCACCUUCAACUUCUCAAUCAGCACCGACAGAAAAUAUAGAGGAGUUAGUGAUGCGAUUGAUUCCUACACUGACUGAUCGCUUGCUUCCUUUAUUUAUUGAGAAGGCACGCGGAGUGAUUUCUUCACCAUCACAUCCUCCAAAUAUUCCUAUCGACAAACCAUCAGUUGUGACACCCAUAGUGCCUCCUCCUACUACUAACGUUGACGAUGUUGAUAAUUUAGUUUCUGAUGAUGAUCGUAGUCCUUCACCCAUGCAUUAG